AUGGCACCCAUGAGCCUUCCUCCUGGAUUCAGAUUUCACCCAACAGAUGAAGAACUUGUUGCUUACUAUCUAGAUAGAAAAAUCAAUGGCCGCACCAUUGAGCUAGAAAUAAUCCCAGAAGUCGACCUCUACAAAUGUGAACCCUGGGAUUUGCCAGAUAAGUCAUUUUUGCCGAGCAAAGACAUGGAGUGGUACUUCUACAGCCCAAGGGAUAGGAAGUACCCAAACGGGUCAAGAACGAAUCGGGCAACUCGAGCUGGGUACUGGAAAGCCACCGGAAAAGACCGGGCGGUGAACAGUCAACGGCGUCCUGUUGGGAUGAAGAAGACAUUGGUGUAUUAUAGAGGCAGAGCCCCUCAUGGGAUUAGAACCAACUGGGUUAUGCAUGAGUACCGGCUGGUUGACUCUGUGUGUGGCAAUGCAUCAUCAUCUCUAAAGGACUCUUACGCAUUGUGCCGCGUUUUCAAGAAAACAAUACAAAUGCCCAAGAACAACAAAGAAGAGAAGCCAAUUGGGAUUGAUAAUGCAGAGAAUGAUUCAGUUUGGGUCUCCAAUAAUGAACAGUUAUUAGGGGAAGACAAUAGUGGGAUUAAUGAGACAGCUUCAAGAGGGAUUGAGACUGAUCAAGAUGAGAAUUAUUCCAAUCAUGAUUAUCCCAAAUUUCUCUCUGACACUUCUUCUUCAGAUCUCACUCAAGGGACACCAACUGAAAAUGGCAUAGCAGAUGAUUUUCAAGCUCCAUUUGCCUCUGAUGAAGCAAACAGUUCUGCUGAUCUCUACUCUUUUGGUGUUCACUGCUCCUCAAAUCUAAGUGAUCAGUAUCAUGCACAUGAAUAUCUUGUUCUUGUACUGUUUCAUGCACCAAAAUAUAGAACGAGUCAUGAAACAUAUAUACCACACAAUGAAAGCUUAUUGAAUAACUAUCAAUUUCCUUACCCACCCUUAGAACUUGAAGACUUCCCGCAGAUCAAUUUAGCUGCAGAGGCAAAUGCAUCGAAGCCUGAAAUCAUCGACGACUACUUGUCGUACGACAAAUUCAAGGAUUGCAUGAAUGGAACACUUGAAGAAAUCUUCUCUUUAUGUUCCUCUCAAGACAACUCUGCCGCCCUCCCCAUGCAAGAAUUAUAA